UUUCAGAGCGGGCACAUUCCUGAUCGGAGGUGGGCGUGGCUUCCUGGCGCGGUCACAGUUAACUACAGCGCUGAACGCGGAAGACAACAAGAAGCUGAUCAGACAGACGUCGAAUAAGCGGAGGCAAGUUUAUCAGACAGACUACCCCAACACCAUGUGGCCAAAUCAAGGUCCUCCUCCUCCAGUGGCUCCACCAAACCCAGCCUUUGCACCCGGCUACAAUCCUGCAUUUCCUCCCGUGCCUCCAGCAGGAGUCUUUCCUCCACAACCAGCGUACCCAGCUGGUCACUACCCAGCCGGUGUGAAUGUCCCCAUGGGACCUCAUGCAGCUCCAGGAAUGAUGCCAUAUGGAGCUCCUGGAGCUCAGCCGUAUCCCGUAGCUCCAGGUGGAGUUCCAGGAGUCCCUCCUGCAGGUGUUUACCCGGGUCACUACCCACACUCUCCAAAAGGGGGGCACCACAAAGGUCAUAAGCAUCAUAAGCAUCAUAAGGAUCAUAAGGAUCACAAGCAUCAUCAUGGAGGAGUUGUGCCGAUGGGUGGAGUGUUAGGUGGGGGGCUUGGAGGAAUGGGAAUGGGGCUGGUCGGACACAAAGUUGAUAAGAAGAUGAAGAAAAAGAUGAAGAAGGCGCAUAAACAUGGACACAAACAUGGCAAGUCCUCCUCCAGCAGCAGCAGCAGCAGCAGUAGCAGUGACUCAGACUAAGGCCUUCCACUCUACAUCCAGCGUCCAGAAGAAAAGUUUUCUGGAAGUGCAUUUCAACUAUAACCAAUAAAUGUAAAAGAGAUCUGUUGCUAGAAUAUAUAAAAAAGUGUUUUUACAGCACGAGUUACUAAACAAAAAAUGCUAGGUCACACUGCUUUUGUGAAAUUUUAUACUUCGCCUAAAUGUAAUAUUUGUGAUUGUAUCUUAGUCACUUAAUAUCUGUAAUAAAAUAAGGAAUAAAGAAGAGAUAUAUUUGAAAGAUCAUAAAUGGAAAAAAUGUGUAAAAACUUGUUAUUUUCAUGACAAAUAUUUUCUCAGUUUUUAUUUUGACUUACACUAAUCUGAGCCCAGCCGCUGCUUGGGUACAAUACAUUUACUUGUGCUUUUAUUUUCCUGUUAGCUUGGUUUGGCUCUGACCAUUCAACUGAUAAUUUAAUGUAGAAAAUGUAUAAAAUAAAUGUAAUUCAGCUGAAAACAGAAAAGUAAUACUGUCAAUGAAUGUGCAUAAAGGUGAAACUCUCAUUUUUGCAUUUAAUCAUGUGCCUAAAUGUGUACUUAUGUAAUUUACCCCUGCGAUUAAUAAAGUUUUCUGAUUAUGUUUAAAAUGCCUUCAAUGUGACCUUCCAGAGGUGUAUGGUUUGGGUUACAGAGGGGCUCAUCAAAAUGCAAAAAUGUAUGACUCGAACGUUGGCUAGAUAUUGAUCUACUUUUAAAAGUGUUUUGUUAAUUUAUAAAAAUUCUGACACACACUAAAACAAUGGAGCUUGUUUUGUUUUAUUUUGAAAAUAUAUUAAGCUUAUUAUUGUCAAAAAAGUCAAGUGUUACAUUCAGUACAGUAGGAGGCAGCAGAAAAAUAACCCUUUUCUAAUUUGGAAUUGAGUUCAAUGUAAAAAUGAUUGUAAAAGUAUCUGUUCACAUAACACUAUUUCAAUAAAAUGUGUUUAUAUCCA